AUUUGUCGCGCUUAACAUGUGAGCAAGUUAACAACGUAACAUAGGUAUAUGUUCUUAACUAGUGAAGGCAGAGUUAUUAGUUAGAAUGCAGGAGAAGGAAACGGGGACAAGCGGCGGUUUGCUGCGUCAUUGGAUGGAGGAAUGGAAAGUGAAGGAGCACGCAAAAGAAUGGGUGGAGAUGCUUUAUUUUAAUAACCCCAUCUUCACGAUUUGACACCUGUCCUUUCCUACCCCCUCUCCUUUCUUUCUCUCUCACACACUCACCACUAAAACCAACACAAAGACCAUAAUAACUAAUCUUAAAAGACUUUUGUGUGAGAUGUAUGUAAUCUAUUCUCCAAAAUCGUAUUAUAAUAAGAUUACAGUAAUCUUCUUUUUCGUUUAAAUGUUUUUUUUUUUAAUUUGUACUAAGUUUUUAUACCUCCACUAACUUUUGUUGCUCUCUUUCAAGUACUAGUAUCAAAGUCUGCGGGAACCCAACUCCAAAGAAAGGGAAAAAGAAAUAAAAAAGUUUUAAUCUUUGCUCGAAAACUGACCUGAAAAAAACAGCAAAAGAAAGAAAAGAAAAGAAGAGAGGAAAUAAGGAGGGCUGUGAGGCUUUUGCUGAUCGCAUUUGGUGACACUUCUGUUUACUAAAUUAGUAAGCAAAGCCAACCCAUUUUUCUUGUUUUUAUCUGAUGCUCUUCAUGCUUUUCAUCACACCCAUGACUUCACUCCCUCAGGCAAUACGUUACAACUGACAACCAUAAAAAUGAAGUCUUGGGAUGAGAGCGAGAUUGGGUUUUUGUAGUAGAAGUUGUUGCUGCUUGUUUUUUGUUGUGUAUAUAUAGGGAGCCCAGGAAGGGGAAUGCUCUAUUCCUACUGCAGGGCAGUGUCUUGAGAGAUUUUUAGUAGAGAGUGAUUGGCUGGAAUUCGAGGACCCAUCUAAUAUUCACUGUGUGGGAUGGACAAUUGCAGCUGAGAAGUUCAGAGGAGAAGACAAGGUCCAAACUAAUCCUUGAUGUCUCACCCGUGUGUUUAUUCUUACUUCUCCAUACGUGGUUGUUUAUGCUCAAUUUAUGUGUCUCCAGAUCUAGAAACCUUUUCCCAUAUCCACUGUGUCAUUAGAUGAAAGCAGGGAGGAGUAGACCCCAAAUUAAAAUUUUCUUUUAUGGCCAUGUAUUGUCUGGAAUUCGAAAAGGGGUGCUGAGGCAGAUUACUGGUAAUUUUGCAUUUUCUCAAUGGUAGUGGCAGCUGAUGUAUUAGCUUAACAAUGACAAUUGUUGUAACCUGUACCUUUUACUGCUAUCUAAAAUGGGAACUUUGUCUGAAGAUGUUGUCAUGGUAGCCGCACUUCCCAUUAUAUUAGGUAACUUUGUUUUUGAAAGUCUAACUGUAGGAAGUUUUGUUGGUCUUAUCGGUCUUAGGUGAUGGACGACAGAACGAGCUUGUAUUCAGGAACUGUUGCUGAGAGUAUGUUAGAUUCCAUGUCUGGUGCUUACGAAAAUUGUGGUGACAGUAAGACAGACAUGGAAGUGAGUCCUGUGUCUUCCGUUCCUGAAGGGAAUAGAAGAAAUAUAGCUCCCUGUCUCGAUUUGAAUUCUGAGAAUGAAAGCAACGGGGGUGCUAGUGAUUCCAUUGUCCGUGAGAGCGAGGAAGAUGAUUCUCUAUCCGUGGAAGGUGAUUGUUCUAUGUCUAUGAUGAGUGAUACGAGCAGUUUAUGCGCUGAAGAUUUUAUGGCUUAUGAUACAACUUCAGAGAUAGGGACUACAAAUUUUAUUGAAGUUGAGGGGAGAAUAUGUGAUGUUGUACUUGGUGCGAAGGCCAAAGAUUUGGCGCUCACAACUGUUGAUGGGAGGGUAAAUGAUCCUCAGGCUGUUACUGUUAGCAUAGAGGAAGAGAUUGUUGAAGGUUCUGCCUUAAACGCAUCUGCCUUAGUUGUUCAACUUCCUUCCAAUAAGGGGUCAGGUGGAGCGGUUGGCCGCAGUGUAUUUGAGAUCGAUUGUGUUCCCCUCUGGGGAGUCUAUUCUGUAUGUGGUAGGCGACCAGAAAUGGAAGAUUCUUUUACAACUAUACCUAGGUUCCUGAAAAUUCCUCUUCCGAUGCUCAUUGGGGAUCGCGUACUUGAUGGAACCGCCAAACAUCUAAGUCACCUAACCUCACAUUUCUUUGCAGUCUACGAUGGCCACGGCGGCUUCCAGGUAGCAAAUUACUGCCAUGAUCGGCUUCAUUCUGUUUUGGCUGAGGAGUUAGAAGCUAUUAUGGCUGGAAGUGGGGAUGAAAGUCAGAAGAACUGUCCAGAGCAGUGGAAAAGGGCAUUCACCAACUGUUUCCUUAAGGUUGAUGCUGAGGUAGGAGGUAAAGAUGGUCUUGAGCCUAUUGCUCCAGAAACUGUUGGCUCUACUGCCGUUGUAGCCCUUGUUUGUUCAUCUCACAUCAUAGUUGCAAACUGUGGUGAUUCAAGGGCAGUCCUUUAUCGUGGAAAGGAACCUAUGGCGUUAUCCGUUGAUCAUAAACCGAAUCGAGAAGAUGAAUACCAAAGGAUUGAAGCUGCUGGAGGCAAGGUAAUACAGUGGAAUGGACAUCGAGUUUUUGGCGUCCUUGCAAUGUCUAGAUCUAUUGGAGAUAGGUACUUGAAACCCUGGAUAAUACCAGAUCCAGAAGUGAUGUUUAUUCCUCGAACCAAGGAUGACGAGUGUCUCAUUUUAGCGAGUGAUGGUUUAUGGGAUGUUAUGACGAAUGAGGAAGCCUGUGACAUUGCCCGUAAACGGAUACUUCUCUGGCAUAAAAAGAAUGGUGUCAUACCACCCUCGGGAAGAGGUGAGGGAAUUGAUCCUGCAGCUCAGGCAGCAGCAGAGUGCCUUUCAAACCGUGCUAGCCAGAAAGGAAGCAAGGACAAUAUAACUGUAAUUGUGGUGGACUUGAAAGCUCAGAGAAAGUUUAAGAGCAAGCCUUAAGAGGCUUAGUCGUUCCGAUAUUGCUCAUUUGAAUGUAGGCGAAAUGGUAAUGGCUCUUCUGUUUUUUCACUAGAGCUAUGUAGCGCUUUCUGUUAGUGUCUGCAUUUGAGGUGCGAUGAACAAAACUCAGAAGUCAGUCAUUUAUCACUUGUCGAAAAGUUCAGCCCUUGUAUAUUUUAGCUCCAAUAGGGAUAGGGAUAUCAGGGAAAUCAAAUGGUACUGGCAUGUCAUAAACCGAAAAGUUAUGGGUAGCUCCUGCCUCCGGGUUAAAAUGUCUCUGUGAGGUAAGUCAACAUUUGUAUGACUUUGGCCGACGGAUGCCUUUGGGAAUGAAAUAGCAGCAAACUUAGUUAUUAGAAGACCUUUUUAGUGUUUGAUUUCUUGUGCUUUUUACCUUUGUUCUUGUGAUGCAUUGAAGUUUGUUUGGUAACAAUGAUUGUGAUGGUGUUGCUUUCAUUGGUAGAGGAGGAUGUGCUGGUUGUGUUGGUUGGUGGUGGCUCGUGUUGGGCGUGGCUAUUAUUGCCAUCAUGAGGGCUAAGUUGUGGUGAAAAGUUAUCCAAUUUUCGAUUUCUGUUGUCUCCAGAUUUGUUGUCACACUCAGUGAUGUUCACGAUUUAACAAAUUGUUGCCAUUACUUAGCACUUGCAACUAACAUUAGAACCUAAAAUGGGAGGAGCCAAAAUGAAACAAGAUUUGGUAGUUUUGCCUCCCAACCACAGACACGAGAUAUGUAAUAUACUAA